AUGCGAGCGUGGGUCUUAGUCUCCGCGGUGCUCUGGUACCUCACCAGCGUUGGAUGGCAGCGUUUUUCCGAAUUCACUGAGAAAGGCUUCGUGUAUGGCAAGCUAGUGCACACAGUGAAGAUAUAUGUAGAAUUACACCAAAAUAGCCCAUUCCUUGUCUGUAUGGAUAUACAACUUGCUAAGAAAGAAACAGUGGACCCUACCUACUUAUGGAUUGGGCCUGAUGAAAAGCCAUUAACAGGAAAUUACCGAAUAAAUAUAACUAAAACAGGAAAGCUGAUGGUGAAAGAUUUUCUGGAGUCUUUAUCUGGACUUUAUACAUGUACUCUUUCUUAUAAGAUUAUCAAAGUACAAACCCAAAAAGAAAAGAUGGUAAAGAAUAGAUAUGACUUUAUGAUGUUUGCCUAUCGGGAACCUGAUUAUUCAUAUCAGAUGGCUGUACGUUUUACCACAAAAUCUUGUGUAGGAAGAAAUAAUGAACUGUUUUUUACAGUGCUGAAGAAAAUCUUGAAUAAUUUAAUUUCUGAUUUGUCUUGCCAUAUCAAACAACCAUCAUAUAAAUGCCAUUUUGUCAAACUUCCAAAACAUGGCCUCAUACCUGAAUUAUUUAUAGCCUUUCAAGUUCAUGCUUUUGUACCACAGUGGAAAAGUGCAUGCAAUGAAGCUGUAGACUGUGAAGAUAUCACUAAUUAUAAUAUCCUCCAGGCAAGAGAUCGAAUAGCAGAAUUUUUCCGAAGCCAAGCAUUUAUUUUCUACCAUGACUAUAAUAAAACUCGACCAGCUAUGCAUUUUAUGGACCACAGUUUUCAAAUGGCACGUAUGGAUAGCUGUCGUCCAGGCUUUGGGAAAAAUGAAGGUCUACACAGUAAUUGUGCUACCUGUUGCGUGGUUUGUAGUCCUGGGACUUUUAGUCCUGCUGCUGAUGUUACUUGUCACACCUGCAUUUCCGUCCUUGCCUAUGGAGCUAAAUUUUGCCCAUAAACUUCAAACGAAAAUUGCAAUAUGAAGACUAGAGGUGAAAGCGUUGCUACUUGCUGGUGGAAGUGGGGGACACAAGAUUUGUUCACAUCCCAGAGCAUCGUAGUUCCAUUAAGAAAGUUCAAUGAGACCAAAACGUUGGAAAACAUACAUUUUAGAAACUAAAAAAGAAAAAAAAGAUAAUUGACAUGGCAUUUCUAAGAAGGCAUUUAAUCUAAUAUCUCCAUUGUACAAAGGAACGUGUAUUUAGUGGAUGAUUUUUAAUGAAAUGUUUUGUUUACAAACUGAAUCUGUUGCUCUGUGCCUAAGACUAUAUUAAGGUCAAGAAGAGUAGCAAAGUAUAAUACAAUAAAAACUUUG